UUUCCAGUCGAGUCCAGUUGGGAUGGCCUGUCCGGCCGAGGGGCCCUCUUCUUGGCAGCUACGACUCUGCCGGCCCUAUUCACUCCUUCGGUCGGCUUGAUGACGCUCAGCCCAUCACCGGUCGGUCGUCAGGCCCAAGUCGUUGAAUACAAUCGUGGAGUCUACGUCGGAACGCGAGGGGCCAGACCGUCGGCCGGACAGAGACAGACGAGUCGGUCGGAGGAAGAAACCAACGACAUGCUGUUGUUCGGUCAAUCAGUCGUCAUGGCAGAAGAGCCUGCUCCCAGUUAA